CCCCAACACACACACAGACACACCACCAGAAGCGCCCAGCGAAGCCGCCUGCCGCGAAGAGGCUUCCUCCGGCCGGAUUCCUCUUUUCUCGCCGGCAGAGUCCGCCAGCGCCAGCACUGCCGCUCUCUGCAACGCGGGACUUCGCAAGCAGCCCCUGGAAAGAGUUCAGGACCCGCAAACACACCCCGGCCGUCCCGCGCAUCGGAGAGGGAUCAAAGGGAAGCGAUGCUCAAAGAGAAGAAACAAGGCGGAAAGCGGCACUCUGGGGCUGGCUGAAGAAAGAGGCGCGCGGAAUCGCAACCUCCUGCCCUUUUGCUGAUUUGCUCCGCUGGCUUAGAGGGAGAAGGAGCAGAGGACCGGGAGCGGGGCGGGGGCCGGGGGUGUCCCCGUCUGGAGCAGGACGACACCGGCCAGCCCGCCCUCUGCACUCCCUGCGCCGCCUGGGCAGGACGGCUCUUGCUUACCCCCGAGAGGUCAGCGGCCUCUCGCCUCGGCAGGCUCCAACAAUUGAGGCCUCCUCGCCUCCGCCCCCCCAGCGGCGCCCCGCUGCCCACUCUCCCCCGCCGCUCUACCCCGGGCCGUGGGGGGCCCGGCGGCUGUUCUCCUCCCCGCCUCGCCUGGUCCCGGUCCGGCUGCGCUGCGCCGAGCUCCCCAGCGCCAGGAAGCCGGGCGUCCCUCCGUGCGCCCUGCCGCCGGCUCCAUGGCGAGGGGAGCGCAGGCUGAAUCUCCGGGGCGGAGGAGGCGCCGGCGGCAGCAGCAGCAGCAGCCGCCGAAGCUCCCGCUGCCACUGCCGCUGUUGUGAGGGCUGCAGCGGCGGCACCCCGACCGGCGAGCCUGCGAGCGGCCGCCCCGGCAUGAAGUCGCUGCUCCUGAGCCGCUUCUUGGUGCUGCUGCCGUGGGUGCUGCUGGUGAUCGUCGUGCUGGACGCGGACAGCGGCGGCCGGGCCCCCCCUCCGGCGGCCGCGCUCGCCCGGAGGCCCCCCGGCCCGCAGCAGCGCGAGGGGGCGCCCCGGCAGCGCCCGCCGGAGCCGCAGCCGCCCAUCAUCUACGCCAUCACGCCGACCUACAGCCGGCCGGUGCAGAAAGCCGAGCUCACGCGGCUGGCCAACACCUUCCGGCAGGUGGCGCGCCUGCACUGGGUCCUGGUGGAGGACGCGCCGGUGCGCACCGACCUGGUCAGCCGCUUCGUGGCCGGGCUGGCCGGAGCCGGGCCGCCCUGCACCCAUUUGCACGUGCCCACGCCCCCGCGCUACAAGCGGCCCGGGCUGCCCAGGGCCACGGAGCAGCGCAACGCCGGCCUGGCGUGGAUCCGCCAGAGGCACCAGCACUCGCCGGCCCCUCCGCCCGGAGUGCUCUUCUUCGCCGACGAUGACAACACCUACAGUCUGGAGCUCUUCCAGGAGAUGCGCACAACCCGUAAAGUGUCUGUUUGGCCUGUGGGGCUGGUGGGCGGACGACGCUAUGAGCGCCCCAUUGUGGAAAAAGGCAAGGUUGUUGGCUGGUACACUGGCUGGCGGGCAGAUAGGCCUUUUGCCAUUGAUAUGGCAGGGUUUGCUGUGAGCCUUCAGAUAAUCUUGUCCAACCCUAAAGCUGUAUUCAAACGUCGUGGAUCACAGCCCGGAAUGCAAGAAUCUGAUUUUCUGAAACUCAUAACCACAGUAGAAGAACUGGAGCCAAAAGCAAACAACUGCACAAAGGUUCUUGUAUGGCACACACGAACUGAAAAGGUAAAUUUAGCUAAUGAGCCAAAGUAUCACCUGGACACAGUCAAAAUGGAGGUAUGAUGUGUAUGAAUAAAAUGGGACGUACCAAAACUGAUGGAGGCAAUUGUGUUAUACCUACUGAACUCAGUUAACAUUCAGCCACCAUACAGCCUGCUGUUGUGCAACAACAUCCUUUGCUAAUCUAAAGAAAGACUUCUGUGCAAAAAAUAUGUCAGCUGGUUUAAGAUGUAUGUAAUUUGUCUUUACUUGUUUUGCAUGUGUUUCUUCAAUCCAUUUUAGCGCUUUAAGUAAAAUAUUCAGAUUAUGUUGGUGAAACCAGUUAAAUGCAAUGGAAGAUCCGGGGUGGGAGAUUGAUCUCAAGCAAUGUACAUUUCAGUUCAUUGUUCAUUUAUUCCCCAGAUUAUUUAUAGAUGUUUAUUUGCCCUGAUUUAAAGCUUUGUUUUGAAGUGUAGUAGACAAUAAUACCACUUACAAUGUGCUGGGUUUUUCUCUCUCUUUAAUAUAGGGAAGCAACAGCUUAUCAAAACGAGGCACCAUAAAAUGUAAACACAAUCAAUGGCAUAAACCUGGAUACAGCUGUGAUGACAGUCUACCUUUCAGAGAGUUACCCUGCAUAUAUGCUGGGAAGGAUUCUUUUAGAGGAGUCCUUUUCACCACCAUCAUUUUAAAACAAUGGAAAUUCAGAGAUCAGUUUUCUGGCUUGGUUUUUAUAAACUGAUGGGGCUCCCUUGACAUCCAGGCUUGUCUUCCUUUCACGACCAUACUUCCUGUUCAGCACAUCAUAGUAAUAUCACAGUGAAAUGAAUAAUGAAACAAAAAUCAUUGUUAUACAAGAAAAAAAAAUCUUCAGUGAUAACGUGAUACAUGUACACUCUUAUUUAUAUGAUUAACAUUUGUUCAUACAGUACCUUCUACAGGAAUACUAGGUAAUUUUCUGGAUGGGGUUUACACUUUAAGAGAUAGUACUAACAUGAUAUCUGUUUCCCUUAUAUGCAACCAUUUGAUCUAUAACUGGUAAAACAAUUUGAGUAUGUCCUUGGUCACAUAGUUCUCCUGAUAAUGAUUCAUGACAUCAGAAGCGCUGUGGAAUGAAAAAGCUGCCGAUGAGAGGUGUUCUCAACCUGCUUUUCACUACAUCAAGAUUUAAGUCAAUACAGACCACAACACGGUCAGUUAAUGUUACUUAAUAUGAACAAUUCUGUGAAGUUGGAGAGGGAGAAAAUAUGUACAGGGACAGACCAGGGAACUAGAUAACAUUGGAGCAUGGAAUGUCAGAUCUCUGAUCUGGGUGGAGUUUCUAUUGCCAUUUUUCAUUUCCAGAGCUGUGUGCUGAGAGUCUGGCCUGAGGAGCUUCCUGUCCAUCCUGCUGCUGUAUUUGGGGGCUGGCCAAAGCUCAUCAUAUUGCUUGGACUACUCAGAUUCAUUCCAGCCAUUUGUUGAUUCAUCUGUGGAAGUACAUAUGCAAAAUUGUAGUUAGCACGAGGGUCUGGAAACGUGCCCUCAGAACUUGCGACUCUAAAGGGGACCGAAGCUUAAUUUUAUCAGUGAAGAGAAACACUCUCAAUGUCACAGAUUUAUAAUUCCUAUUUGCAGAAUUCUUUAAAACCUGUUUUUUAAAACUUGCAUAGAUAUGAUUGAAGUGCCACAAAUUAUCAUGUCCAUUCCAAAUCUUACCCAUGUGCAUUUAUGCCAUAUACAAGUUCCAUGUGGUGACUUCCUAUGGGUUGGUUUGGCUGUAUAUUGUAGUGAUCUAGACUGUGGGAAGGGUGGGAUAUAUAAUGAUAGAAGAACCCAGCUUUUAUAUGGAUGUUUACAGUACUGGACAGAACCCCCAUUUUAAAGCAAGUUUUCUGCCAAGCCACCUUACUAAGAUAUACAAAAAGCCAAAUUUACGGUUAGUGAAGUGGCAUGAGAGUCACUUCCCCACAUCUGCAGAAAGCAAACAUGUUGCUUUCAGCCCUACACCAAGAUUUUCCUACACCAAUAACAACAGUGUUGAUCUGGGGAGUAACCACAUUACAUGUCCAACUCAAGCGAUCUGCUUUUUGUGUUGGAUAAGAAAAGGUGUGAAAUUCAGCCAUAUGAAUAUGGCCUGGUCCACAGUGAAAAACCUACAGAUUUACAUCCGAUCAAAGAGGCAAGGUUUGUCCAGAAUUAUAAGACACUGCAUUUCAUUUUACUACAGUGUUUUAGUUACUUGACCUGAAAGCCUUGUAAAGGAGCAUUUUAUGGAGUCCUGAACUUACGGAGACCUUAGGAAAAUGUUUGCAUGACAGCCAAAUGGCUUAUCCAAGUCCACUAUCCCCCACACAAGCUUUAUCCAGAUAUAUUUGUAGGAGAGACACGUCAAAGAUUUUAAGAGCAUGUUGACACUUUCCUUUUCUGAACUGCAGCACUGCAUCAGCAACAAAUAAAUUGUGAAUGGCUGAUGCUCAACAGUGCCUGGUAGAUCUGGGAAGCUGGCAGCCGCUGCAUUAUUUGCAGAGAGAUACUUGGCCACAAAGAAAUGGACUUGGUCUGGAGCUUGCAGAUCCAACCCAAAAAGCCCAUAUUGAAGUCAGGCUGCUGGAUAAGCACUUUUUAUAACUUCCAAAUCUUCUCAGUCUUAAUUCACAUUGGUAAAAAUUACCCUUCACCCUAACACAGUGCCCUGAGCAGUUUUUUUUAAAGGCCAGCAAUUAUUAAAGGCUCACUAUUGCAUUACCAUAGCAGUGUAGUUGCUCCCUCUCCUUGACUGGAUCCCACAGCACUCUGCAGUCAGCAAUAGUCUGAAUUGCAUCUUUCUCUCGCCUCAGCCCAUAUGACUGUAUUUAUUGCAGGGCAGUGUGGAAUUCACUCCUGGGAACUAGUAAAAAAGCUGCUCCACAAAUACAGCAGGCCCUUCUCAAAAGAGCCUGCUGAACAUUACAACUCACUGCUUUCAGGAAUUUUUGCAUUGUAAUGAAUUGGCUACCAACAACUCAUGACAGUGUUCUUGUGGAAAUUUCAAAAGGAGCCUGAAGAAAGGUCACAAAAAGAUUCUACUUUCUGCAAAUCUAAGGUCUAGUAAUAAAAUAACCCACCCACCCCCCAACACACACAGACCUAUUUAAGAAAAUAAGCUUUUCAGGAAUUUGGUACUUCUACUUAUCACAUGAGAAUAUUUACACCACUAAAGGAACCUCAAGUAAAGAAAGGUUGAAACAGUCUGCUACAUGCAUUUUCAGGGCCUGGCAUAAAAGAACCCUACUAAAUUGUGUAGGCUUAGUAACUUGGGACAUUUAUAUAUGCACAA